CGCCCGCGUCGUUCGUGCCCGUCGAGACGACGCGUUUGCGACUCGCACGGCUCGGAUCCGAGAAGCGCGCGUCGGUUCGUGAGGCGCGCUCUCCCAAACCCCGCGGGUGCGAGGUCGAGGUUGCGAAGGGGCGCGCGCGUUCGUUCGUUUGUCACGCCCCCCGAGGCAGGCUGGGUUAAAACAGUCGCGCGGGAGGGGCGAUGUUCGCGGCUGCGCUGAGACGCGGCGCGGGCGCGGUGGCGCGCGACCGCCCCGCGACCGCGUCGAUCUUUGACAUCUCCCGCGUGGUCACCACCGGCGCGUCGAACCCCGCGCACGCCGCCGCCGCCGCGACGACGACCGCGGCCGAAUCGGCCAAGCCGCCCGCGAAUGUGCAGGAGUUUCAGAUCUACCGGUGGGAUCCCGAGUCGGGGGGCAAGCCGCGGUAUCAGACGUACAAGGUGGACACCAACGCGUGCGGCCCGAUGAUGCUGGACGUGCUGUUCAAGAUCAAGGACGAGCAGGACAACUCUUUGGCGUUCCGACGCUCCUGCCGCGAGGGCAUCUGCGGCUCGUGCGCCAUGAACAUCAACGGAACCAACACCUUGGCGUGCCUGAGCAAGGUGGACAAGGCGACGUCGGGGGCGCAGAAGAUCGCGCCGCUGCCGCACAUGUUCGUCGUCAGGGACCUGGUGGUGGACAUGGCCAACUUUUACGCCCAGUACAAGUCCGUCGAGCCCUACCUGAAGAUCAAGUCGGGCGACCUCAAGAAGGGCGUCGAACACAUCCAGACCAAAGAGGAGCGAGCCAAGCUGGACGGCCUGUACGAGUGCAUCCUGUGCGCGUGCUGCUCCACGUCCUGCCCGAGCUACUGGUGGAACCAGGAUCAGUACCUCGGACCCGCGGUGCUGAUGCAGGCGUACAGGUGGAUCAUCGACUCGCGCGACGAGUACACGGAGGAGCGGCUGGACAAGGUCAACGACGCCAUGAAGCUCUUCAGGUGUCACACGAUCAUGAACUGCAGCAAGGUGUGCCCCAAGGGCUUGAACCCCGCCAAGGCGAUCGCCAAGGUCAAGACCAUGGUGCACUGAGAUGAGAUGCGUUGUUUAUCAUAGGGGGGGGCGUCUGUACCCCCCGGGAUGGAAUUUCUUUUUUAGUUUGCGUCGUUUA